AAAGUGGUGCCUUGUACACAUGUGGAGAAUGUGAAUCAGGAAAGUUAGGACUUCCAGACAGCCUUACCAACAUUACUUCUCCUCUGAAAGUGACACUUGGAGUGCCAGUAAAGUCUGCUUUCUGUGGUGGAAAUCACACACUUGCAUUAACAGGUGAUGGUGAAGUGUUUGCAUUUGGCAAUAACUUUAAUGGUCAGCUGGGCUUAGGACCGGAAAUUACGCAAAGCAUACUACCAACAAGAAUUGUAAGUUUAGAAGACCAUGUGAUCAUUGAUGCGGCAUGUGGCGAGAGCCACACGGCGUUUAUAACAGAUAGAGGCAGCCUCUAUACAUGUGGGGAAGGUCGACAUGGAAAACUUUGUAGUGAACAAGAUGAUAAAAAUCAGAACAUUCCGGUUAAAGUUACCAAGUUCAAAGGAUUAACAGUUCAAAAAGUUGCUUGUGGUGGUUGUCACACAAUGGUCGUGGCCAGUGAGAGGCAAGAAGAUGGAUUAGACCUCAUCGGGCAUUCACUUGACUGUAAAAGUGAGGAGAUUUCAGUACUACCCUUCACAAAUCGAAACUCAUUACCACCUUUGCAACGUGUUCCAAUUCAGAGUCCCAAUAACAAUACAGAGAUGAUCGGCUCCUUCCAAGAAAACCAAGACAAUCAUUUGGAAGAAUUGCAAGACCAAGCAAUAGAUGGAAUGGUGGCAGAAAAAGAUAUUGAAGUGAAAUCUACUUUGUCAGGCAGCAAGGAGAGCAGUGAUAAGGACGAUGACAUUGAUGCUGAUAUUGAUGACGAAGAAAUAUCACCAAAGUCUGUCGAGCCUAAAAAGGAUAAAAAGGAAGCUAUUUCAAACGCAAUGGAUGUUUCUGAAGAUUCAGACUUAGAAGAGGAAAUAAAAGAUAUUGAUGAAAAUUACAGAAGUCCCUUUGUCAGUGACCCUGAUCAAGAAGACAAUACUGAUGUUAAAAUGGAAUGUGAGGUGAAGAAAGAAAGUAGAGUAUCUCGAUUCUUCAAUGCUUUUCGGCGCAAGAAACCAUCUUCAGCACAGUCUGUUAGAUUGGAAGGCUGUGGGGAGCAACUCUCUAUUAAAGACAAAUGUCAAAGAGCAGCAAGUGAGGGUGGAGUAAGGGGGUCAGCACAAGUUAUUCAGCAAAAUAGAGGAGACAUUGAAACAUCAAACAACAGGAACUUAGGAAACGAAAGAAGGUCAAAAACAUGUACAAUCCUUUAGACUUGGUGAAUCAUCUAGGAAGAAGUUCUUCAUGGAGGAAUGACUUACACAAAGGGGAAAUUAAAUUUAUAGAAUGCACAUAUGGUUGCUACCUUGUGUAAUAAUAUUGCAUAGUUUUAUUGUGUAAGUGUGAAGGAUGAUGCAUAUUAGGGUAUGUAAUGUGUUUAAUACAGUCAACUCUCGAUUAUCCGGGAUAAUGGUGGGCAUGGAAAUCAUGAUUAAUCGAAAACCCGGU